CCUCCUCCUCCCGCAGCCUUCGGAGCGCAGGGUCCGGCCGCCGCAGCCGCUCGGAGCUCUCGGCAGAGGCGCGGAGCGCGGGCCACGGGCAAGCGGGGGAGCCGGGCAGGCAGCGGCAGCGGCAGCGGCGGGGGAGCCGGCAGCAGCCCCCCGGCGGGCCCCGAGCAACGCGGCCGACGCUCCUGCAAACUUGGGCGCGCGCUCGCGCCACGGCGCCCGCGGCCCGAGCGAUGAAGAUGGUCGCGCCCUGGACGCGGUUCUACUCCAACAGCUGCUGCCUGUGCUGCCAUGUCCGCACCGGCACCAUCCUGCUGGGCGUCUGGUACCUGAUUAUCAACGCUGUGGUACUGCUGAUUCUGUUGAGCGCCCUGGCUGACCCAGACCAGUAUCACUUUUCAAGUUCUGAGCUAGGAGGUGACUUUGAGUUCAUGGAUGAUGCCAACAUGUGCAUUGCGAUUGCAAUUUCUCUUCUCAUGAUCCUGAUUUGUGCAAUGGCUACUUACGGAGCAUACAAGCAACGCGCUGCCUGGAUCAUCCCGUUCUUCUGUUACCAGAUCUUUGAUUUCGCCCUCAACACCUUGGUUGCCGUCACUGUGCUUGUGUAUCCGAACUCCAUUCAGGAAUACAUACGACAGCUGCCUCCUAAUUUUCCCUACAGAGAUGAUAUCAUGUCCGUGAAUCCUACCUGCUUGGUCCUUAUUAUUCUUCUGUUUAUCAGCAUUAUCUUGACUUUUAAGGGUUACUUGAUUAGCUGUGUUUGGAACUGCUACCGAUACAUCAAUGGCAGGAACUCCUCUGAUGUCCUGGUUUAUGUUACCAGCAAUGACACUACGGUGCUGUUACCCCCUUACGACGAUGCCACUGUGAAUGGCGCGUCCAAGGAGCCACCACCCCCUUAUGUGUCUGCCUAAGCCUGAAAGUGGGGCAGAGCUGAGCGCAGCGGCUUGAUUUUCAGACGUCAGAGCAAUAGUUCUUUCAUUUCACUUCUGGGUUGAGUUCUCUGAGCUUAUUUGUUGCUGAAACGCUACAGUUUUAAAAUUUAGAUGUUCAGUUGAAUCCCUCUUUAGUUUUAAAGAUACGCUUCAGCUAGAGCACUGUGAUAGACUCACUGUAGAAUUCUUUGUGUAGGGGUGGGGCGCAGCGGGCUUACCUAGUCUUCCCUGGUUUUCCCUAGACAUUGAAACUUCCCAGCAGUGUGGAUGAACCUGGAGUCAGAGAAGUCUGUACCUGCUGGGCCCCAGAGUCGGGGGGAAUUAGUCAUCCUUUUUCUCUGUCUUCCCUCUGUCUCUUUUCAAAGUGUAAAAUAAAAUCGAAAUUAGACGA